AGAUUAAAUAUCUUGCAUUUUGAGAAUCAGAGACAGAGAGAAGAUUGAAAGAUGAUGCUGGAUGUGAAUAUACAUAUUUUUCUGACAAUUUUAGGGCUUGUGCAGGUGCAGGUUGUAAAAACAAGUAAGCCACAAUUUGUACAGAUCUUAGGUCCUAAAGAGGUUGUAGCUGGAGUGAGUGCCUUUUAUGAGUGUACUGCAGUGUGCAGCCACAAAUGUAAUUAUACCUGGAAUGUGAAAGACCAAACGUUUCCUGGAAGGGAAUUUACCCUGACUGAAAACGGUGUCGACAGAUUCGUCACACUACAAUGCACAGUGUCCGAUGAAGACCGCAAGUAUUUUGUCAGCGAUGUCAGAUCAGUCACAGUCAUAAAUCCCAUUUCUGUGAAGCCAUCAGCUGAUCAAUCAGUGCUUAACCAGACACCUAAAGUAGGCCAAUCAUUUCGUUUAACAUGUGAUGGGGUCUCAAGACCAGUCGCUAUAACCUGGCUUAAGGAUGGUGCAACUCUUAAAUUAAACUCCAGGAUGAGCCUAUCUCCAGACAACAUGACUCUGUCUUUUAGCCUUCUGGCAGAUUCGGAUAGUGGCAAAUAUCAGUGCAAAGUCUAUAAUGGAAAUGUCACUGUAAUAAGCAAGGUCUACCUGAUUUACCUUGGAUAUGUUAUCAUUAAUCUGAGUGGGCCAAACCGAGCUGAAGUGGGCAUGCAAAGCAAAUACACCUGUGCUGCACAGUGUGGAAUGGAUUGCACAGUGCAGUGGACUUUGAAUAAAGGCUUUCCAAGGGGAAGAUUUAUUGCUGAGGGACCACAGAUCCUCUGGACACCCUCUGACCUCGGACAGACACAGGUCUUCACUUGCAUUGCUCUGACCCCGGGGGGAGAAAAUAUUGGACAGGUCACCAAAACCGUGACUGUUGUAGAGGCGCAGCCACGCCCCAGGCCCAGUAAUGCUCAAUCAAGCAAACCCAGUGUAGCCGUGGUGAACUUUGCAUCUCUGCUGAUGUUGGUUUCUGCUUGUGUCUGAGGUUUGCCACACUAGAACAAGCUCUACACACAGUCAUAUCACACACACACUAUCAGACUUUUUAUCUUUUAAACUUUAGCUCUUCUCAAACCAUCUGUUUUAUCUUACAUUGUACUGAUAUAUACUGUAUAUUUAACCAUCAUUCAGGCAUCACUUAUUUUGUGCUUCAGCAUUUGCCUAUUUUUGAUAUGCUCAUAGAAGAUUCAUAUUCCUAAAAUGCACAUAGCCAACUGUAUAUAAUUCAUACAAUUGCUUAGGUUGCAUAAUGCUUUUACAGUAGACAUUGUCACAGAAAUGUGAAGAUGCAGACUUAGAUUUCUAAUAAGAAAGCAAGACAGUAAGGUGAAAAAAAAUAGUAACUAAGUCAACAUGAGGAAAACAUUAACCUGAAACCAGACUGAAAAUAGAAUCCAUUAUCUUCUGAGUGAUGACAGAAAAAAGGAUUAUAAAUCAUCUUUAUUUCCAAAACUGUAUAUUAUAAAGCCAAAAAGUACUGUGAUGGUUGAAUGAAUGGCAAAAGUAUAUAGUAAAGUAUACUGUGAAUAAAAGUUCUGGGAUGAGA